UCUUCAAUGUCAAAUCAGGUACGCAAAAAGCAAUUCGUGAUAAUGCACAUAGGGCUGCAUCUCGCACUGUUCACCGCUUUCCCAAGUUGGCGAUUCUGCCACCCCGCACAUCCCACUACUGCUCCUACGUAGACCGCGUUUCCAAGUGCUGUGGAUAUAAAGUCUCCUUGUCACGCCAGCAAUCAGACACCAGGCCUACACUCAUUCUAGCUCAUAGUGCCCGUCCAUCAGUUCAAUAAUAUCUCUUGGUAUUAUAUAUCAUCAGACAUUGGGAAGCUCCUCCCAAUCAAAACCCUCUCCCGCAUUCCACCCAUCUGCCAGCAAACGAUGGCUCCCAAAAACAAAGGCAAAGCCAAAGACGACAGUGGAUCCAAAUCUUCGGGAAAACUCAAGCCCGCAACCAGCAUCAACGUACGCCACAUCCUAUGCGAGAAGCACAGCAAGAAGGAAGAAGCGCUUGAGAAGCUGCGCAACGGCGCGAAGUUCGACGAGGUCGCACGUGAGAUGAGUGAGGACAAGGCUAGGCAGGGCGGUAGUCUCGGGUGGAAGGUGCGAGGGAGCUUGUUGGCUGAGUUCGAGAAGGUCGCAUAUGAGCUGGAGCCCAGCACUACGGGGAGUCCAAAGUUGGGCGAGUGUAAGACGGGUGAGGGAUAUCAUAUCAUCAUGGUGGAAGGGAGGAAGUAG